AUCCGUGGCUCUCAAUGGGGCACACUCUGACUCGGUUAAUCGUACGGUAACUUUGUUGAUUGUCUGUUGUUGGUCCAUCGAGCAGGGAUUAUAGUUGAUCGAAGUUGAACGACGAAAGACAAUGUCAUGUUUCCAUCGAGGACUAUACGGUUUCCAUCAUUUUUAAAUUGGUGUUUUUGAGUUCCUAAUGAAGUAUUUGUGUUUGGUGUUGUUUUGGUUCAGAGGGUGUUUUGGUCUGGGACUCUGGGAGACUAUUUUUGGACCUGCUCUCGGUGAUGGCAUUGAUAUUCAAAAAAUGGUGAUGAAUUUCGGUUACAAAUUGACUGAACACGAAGUUGUCUCAGAAACAGGAAACAUUCUAGUUCUUCACAAAAUUCGAGCAAAAAGGAAGAACUUGAGAAAUGGUUCCUACACACCUUCAGUUUUGAUUCAGCAUGGCCUGCUUGGUGCUUCCGACAAUUGGUUCCUUAGAGGACCUGAUAAAGAUCUCCCCUAUUUAUUAUCAGAUGCAGGUUAUGACGUGUGGUUGGGAAACAUGAGAGGAAACGUAUAUUCCAGAAGACAUACCACAUUGAAUCCUGAUUCCAGUUCCUCUUAUUGGAAUUUUGCAUUACACGAAAUUGCUUACUAUGACCUUCCAGCUACAAUCGACUACAUUCUCGACAAAAGUGGACAAGAAAGUCUCUUCUUUAUGGGUCAUUCCAUAGGGUCAACGAUUGCCUUGAUACUUUGUUCUUUGAGGCCAGAAUACAACAAAAAGAUACUGCUACAUUUAGCACUAGCACCCAUUGCUUAUGUGGCUCAUAAACCCAAUCUGUAUCACAAAUUCGUAUUCGCUUCAUUUCCUUUUGUUGAACAAUCGGUGCAGUCAAAGAACAUCCAUGAAGUAUUUCCACGAAGAAAAUAUUUCUCAAGAUUCAUAGAAUAUUUUUGCCAGGAUGGGACGUACUUCCAGAAACUGUGUCUUAUGUUCAUUUUCAACUUCGUUGGAGAGGAUUACGAACAAUUCAAUGCAACUUUAAUUCCUGAUUUUGCGAAAUACUACCCUGCAGGCACGUCUUUGAAUAUGGCAACUAAUUUAUAUCAAAUGUAUACUACAGGUUUAUUUUCUGCAAUGGAUUUUGGAAAUAAAACACUCAACAUGUUGCAUUAUCAAAGUGAUACACCUCCCUCUUAUAAUUUAUCGAAUGUUCAACACCCAAUUACGCUGUACUACUCAGAUGGGGAUUACUUAGUUACCAAAGAUGAUAUAGAUAUUUUGGCGGAUAAGUUACCAAAUGUGAAGGAUAAGUUCAAAAUACCAUAUCAGACCUUCAACCACUUGGAUUUCAUGUGGGCUAUAAAUUCAAAGAAGUUACUUUACGACCAAUUAUUGUUGUUGCUCAAUAAAUAUGUGGAAAGUUGAUAUUUUUCAUUGCUA